GUAUAAAGAGGGUUCAAACCGGGUCUCUGCACACAGUUUCAUUGUGGUUUUAAGUUGAUCCAGAGCCCAAAUCCUCCAAAGCCAUAAUGCAGCUUCUAUUUGCCGCAGUUUUAGUUAUCGCUCUAGUGCAGGUAAAUUCACUGACAGACAAGCAAAAAGAACUGCUGACGCAACACUAUAAUCAAUGCGUUGCGAUCUCCAAAGUGGAUCAAGCAGUUCUACAAAAAGCGCGUGCUGGUGACUUUGCUAACGACCCCAACUUAAAGACGCACAUUAAAUGCAUUUCUGAAAAAAUUGGAUUCCAAGGCACCGAUGGAAAGUUCCGUCGGGAUGUGAUUGAGAAGAAGCUGAAAGAGACCAUUCCUGGAGACAAUGCGAAAAAUGCGAAGCUGAUCGAAACCUGCGUCGUUGCCAAUAAAGACCCCAAAUUGCAAGCCUUUAAUGCGUUCAAAUGUUUGUAUACAAACGCCAAAAUCAAUCUAUUGUAAGCGGAUGGUUUUUUAGGCUCAAUGUAAUGAAAGCCGUAUAAACGUAGAUAGUAAAUAUAUUGAAAGGAAUGGAGAGUGUUUAUUAAUAAAAGCGCUUACUUAGAA